AUGGACAGCAACGUCACUUACGCCGCACAACUUGAGAGCGCUGCAGAGGAGGUAGCCGAGGCGAAACAGUACCUCAUAAAACUUGACAGGAGGCAGCACCAACUGAAGGAGGCGAGUCGAGCCCUAAAGAAAACACCAGUGUUGGGCGACGUUUGGCUGCUGUGCAGUGGGGGCGUCUUUGUGCGUUCUGAGUUGAAAUACGAAGACACUCUGCGUUACUUGUCGUGGAAAAUGGGCGCUGGUGAGCGAGACAUUGAGGAUUGUCGUGACGCUCUUAAGAGGAAGGUGGCAUACUUGGCGGAGCUGGAGGGCCCCGAUAACGCAAUAGCAAAGCUGUACGAGGGCUUUGAACUGACCCCAGUGAAUUAG